CCGUGGAAACCUGGCUAGGCUUCUGGCUUUGGGGCUGGGAAUUGUGGGAGGAGGGCCCAGAUCCCGCUGGAGAUACCCUUUAGUAUUGGGAUCCCAGAAACCAGUCCUACAUCUGGCCAGAGGGACACUGGAUUGUGGCAUUUCUCCAGCUGCUACCCAGAAGGAAGAGGGCCCCCUGGGGCCUAUAGGCCUUGCUCCUGACCCUGGGGACACCCAGCUCAGGCCUGCCCCAGUGGCCACAAGUCAGGGAGGCCGCAAAUUUUUAACUAGACACAUUGAUCAUUAAUGGGGGUUAGAAAGAGUUCAAACUAAGUCUCACUCCGGGACAUAGACCAAUUGUGCCUCAGGCCUCCUGCAGAGAUGCUGGGUCCCCAAGUCUGGUCCUCUGUGAGGCAGGGGCUAAGCAGGAGCUUGUCCAGGAAUGUGAGGGGCUGGGCCUCAGGGGAGGGGAAGAAGGUGGACAUUGCGGGCAUCUACCCCCCUGUGACCACCCCCUUCACUGCCACUGCAGAGGUGGACUAUGGGAAACUGGAGGAGAAUCUGCACAAACUGGGCACCUUCCCCUUCCGAGGCUUCGUGGUCCAGGGUUCCAAUGGCGAGUUUCCCUUCCUGACCAGCAGCGAGCGCCUCGAGGUGGUGAGCUGUGUGCGCCAGGCCAUGCCCAAGAACAGGCUCCUGCUAGCUGGCUCGGGAUGCGAGUCCACUCAAGCCACAGUGGAGAUGACUGUCAGCAUGGCCCAGGUUGGGGCUGACGCGGCCAUGGUGGUGACCCCUUGCUACUAUCGUGGCCGCAUGAGCAGCGCGGCCCUCAUUCACCACUACACCAAGGUUGCUGAUCUCUCUCCAAUCCCUGUGGUGCUGUACAGUGUCCCAGCCAACACAGGGCUGGACCUGCCUGUGGAUGCGGUGGUCACGCUUUCCCAGCACCCAAAUAUUGUGGGCAUGAAGGACAGCGGUGGUGAUGUGACCAGGAUUGGGCUGAUUGUUCACAAGACCAGGAAGCAGGAUUUCCAGGUGUUGGCUGGAUCGGCUGGCUUCCUGAUGGCCAGCUAUGCCUUGGGAGCUGUGGGGGGCGUGUGCGCCCUGGCCAAUGUCCUGGGGGCUCAGGUGUGCCAGCUGGAGCGACUGUGCCUCACAGGGCAAUGGGAAGAUGCCCAGAAACUGCAGCACCGCCUCAUCGAGCCAAACGCUGCGGUGAGCCAGUGGCAGCAGGGGCGCGGUGUGGGGGGAGUGGGCAGUCUGUGUCCUCACUGGAGCAGGACCCAGGGCUGGCACCAGGCCCCACUCAGUCUCUUCCUUUCAGAAAAUCCUUUGAGAGAACAUCCCAGUGUGGGAACUCCUUGUGCCUCCCAGAAAAUCCUGACUUUGGACAAAGUCAGGCACUAUUGAUUGUGAAACUUAAGUGUACAUUAAAAUUCCCUUAGAGGCAAAUUAAAGUUUCAACUUUUGG